AACGAAUAUUAUAUUAUUAUUUAGUUGUUCGUUCGACAAACAUUAUUCGAAAAAUGUGUAUUGGUGGUAGGGCUUAUUUAAACGCGUAUAUUAGAUAUUUCAUGAAUGUUGUAUUCAACAUCUCUGUUGUGGUAGUAUAGGCCUCACACACGCGCGAGCGCACAUACAUAUUAUAAUAUACCGAGUGGUCCAUUUAAGGUAGAACACUUUUUAUUUUAAAAACCAUUAACGUUUUUGGAAAUAUAUUUUUUACAUAAUUUCUCUCUUAAACGGUUAAAUAAAAAUACUAUAUCAAUAUUUUUUCGAAUGUUGAAAAAAAAUGUCGCUUUGUAAUCGCUCAAAAUCGUGUAAAACGAAUAUUUUCGGUCAGUGUCGUUUUAUAAAGUAUAUAUUAAGCGUCUUUUUCGAUCGCUCCGUAUACAACGAAAAUAUAAUAAUAUUAUCGUGGCAGAUGUUUGAAAUCGGUGUUCAAAUAAACUCCAGUUCUAGAAUAUUCUCCCGAAACCUUUGACGACGAAUGGGGGACGAGUGUGGCGGGCGGAGUCUACGUUUAUUGUAAACAAGUGCGGUAUUCGAGCUUCGCGCUACGGCGCAUGCGUCGUAACAACAACAGAACCGAUCGUCCAGCGCAGGUGCCCGUCUCUCGACGCCGUCGGCCGGCGGGGCUACCUGUAGAGUGUCGGGUGGUGCGGGGACCAGCGACCCCAACUGGCGGCGCGCCGGAGGGGAGACGGUGUAAAUCGCGGCGCGCGUGUGUUCGAGAAACGGCUCCGCGGACGGGCGAGCGGUGGAAGGGUGGUACGCUCCGUUGGCCGGGCGGCCGCGCGUCAUUGGUCGUCGGGGCGUUGGCUCGGCGUCAUCUCGUCCGCGUUUUAAUCCGGACGGUUGCCCGCACUGCGACGCAGUACACUUGCUCUAUCGAUCGGCCCGCGUCGUUCGCGUUACCGGCGCCACUCGCAGCGGCUAUACCCGCCCCGGUUACCCGGGCCCGCAUUCGUUUUGCUGUACGCGCUCCUGACGGACGCGCGUCCGGUCGUCCACUUUUAGUCAACAAUCGUCAUGGCGGUCGAUCACCAGUCGUCGUAAUAACAAACAUUCCGCGGUGCUUCGUCGCGUGAACAUGGGCGCCCAAGAGUCGUCGUUCGAUUCGUCGUCCGAGGACGAGGAUUCGGACGGCAGUUCCUGCAAUUCUUCCCGAGUUUCUCGCCGUUCGUCACACACUUCGGAAGACAACAAAGACGACGAAGACGACGAAGACAUUAAUAACUUGACAAAUUUUCAACGUAAAAAAAUUAGCCAGUCUUCUGAAAAUCGUGUUGCAUGUAUGUCAACUGUAAAAUCUGGAAUUUCAGCACCAUACGAAUCACCUUCGUUGUGUAAACCGCUAAAUCAACCACUUCCACUAUCGCACCAACAGAAACAGCAAUCACUAUUACGGUCACUGCGUGAAUCUUCGCUGUUGAAUACCAGGAUGGUUGACUCAAGCAGCGUUGAUGUAGAAGCCGAAAAAAACAAAAAACUCUUGGAAUGGGAACUAUCUGCGCUGGAAGCGGACGACUUGAGGUCGCAUGCCUGGUAUCAUGGCCAACAGGUUGACCGUAUCAAGGCUGAGCGGCUUUUACGCCAGUACGUCGCUGAAGAGCACGGGUUCGGUAUUAUAGUAGAACGACAACAUACGGAAGAAGAUUCCAGUGACUCAGAUGGGGCGAAUGACAUCACCAGUGAUAACAGUGACUCGGAUGAGACGAUAGACAUCGCCAGUGAUAGCAGUGACGCAGGUUUUCCCUUUGAAGAUCUGGUUGAUGAACAUGGCGUGGUUGUUGAUCCAUUGAAGGCUACGUCCACCCGUUUAGCUGCAGCAGUGAAGUUGCGACAACGCCGCUGCCUUGACGGCGUGUUACCGACGAAAAGACCCAAACGACCUCGGCGGCAUUUCUACUGUUUCUUAGUUCGAGACAGUUUGAAUGUCCGGCCACCGGGCCGAUACGUUGUGUCGUGCCUACGGGUUGACAAGUAUGAAGACCUCGAGACUGGACAUAAAUACAAAACCGAUAAGCAACUACGCAAGUUUCGCCAACAACAACAACGACGACAACGAAGACAGAACCGACAUCCGGUGUUACAUUUUGUUGUGAAUGAGAUAAUCCUGCAACCCGGAACAGUAUACGAGCGAUCGCAGUUUACUUUUGGAGAAACUUUACCUUCGUUGACUUCCGCUAUUUCUGCUGCAGCAGUAAACAGCAAUAGCAAAUAUCAGCCGGGAUUUGAUAGCGUGCCUGAUCUUAUCAGGUACUAUGUCGGUGGUGCUGAUGAUAAUGCCGUAUUGUCUUAUGGCGGUGGAAAUGAUGGAGUUGUGAGUGGUACGAUGCUUUCUCGGACACAACAAUCUGAAGUACGAAUUCGGUAUCCAUGCAAUCGACGUCGCCCAUUGAUGACAAAUAACUUUAUGGCUGAAGCUGCUACUCCAAGUAUUCUCCCAAGUGCGAUGGGAAAUUCCCGAUUAAAUUCUCGAUGUGCCUUAACUGCAACUCCCAACCAUACUGAAGAAUUACAGAUAUUAUCUACUUCUCCCGAUAGGUCAACAGAAGCAUCAAUGUCAUCUCAAAAUAAGUUCUAUCGACGCCGUUCACCAUCGCCACCGCCUCAUUCUUCAAAAUGGAUGCGUGUACAAUCUUCAAGGUCAUCAGUUCGGAAAACUCCUUCAUCGAUGAUAACUCCCGAAAUGAUGAGGUCUUCAAAUCCAAGGGUUGAUUCACAAUCAUCAAUUACAUUAGUAUCGUCAAAUCUCUCAGUUUCAACUUUUCCACGCCAACCAAAGUCAUCUUUUCCACUUCCAUCAACUUCCGGAUCAUCUCCUCCUUCGUCUAAACGUCCUUCAUCGUCUGUAUCAAAAACUAACCAAUUACAACGCACUUCAUCAUGUUCAGGUAUGCCAUCGAGAAAUACCCCAGAUUUGACGAUUUCUGAUAUAUUAGCUGCAUCAUCAUCACCUUUAAUAAACUCAUUAAGACCUUUACCGUGUACAUCAAAAAUUGAUUCGAGAUUACCCGAUUCACGGAACGGAAUUUGCAGGAUAAGUGUGUCUGUCUCCAAUGACGGUGUACCAUCACUGUCCGUUGUAGAUCCCCCUAGAACAUCAUCGUCCGUUAGAGAUAUGUUUAAUGAACGUGAUGACGAUGUGUUUUCACCAUCUUUCAAAAGAGAAGUUACGUCGUCAUUUUCACAAGUUCGAAUACGCAAUGGGGGGUAUCGCAAUAUGAUCCCACCUUGGUACAAAAAACAAUACAUUGAUCGUCAAAAUAUGAGUAGUCCAGAUAGACAUAGUUCCCUAAAUCAAUUAAAUAAUCGUCAGAGUCAAUCCAGAAGACGCCAAGCUUCUAGAAAUAAUUCAAGUAUAAAGAGUUCCUCAGAAAAUGAUGAAGAUGUAGAUGACGACGACGAUGAUGAUGAUGAUAAUGAACAAGAGAAACAGCAAUCUUCGUCCUCUGAUUCGUCUUUUGUUUCAACAUCUACGUUAAAGAAUGAAGAGAUUGGACGAAAAAGAGGUAAACAUAGACGUUUAUCAAAUCGAAAGAUAGUAAAAAAAGAAACUGAAGAUGAGGAGGAUCAAGAAGUUGAGAAUCAAACGCAUAAUGAGGAGGAUCGAGAAUUUGAGAAUCAGACUGAUAAUGAAGAAGAUCAAGAGGUUGAAAAUCAGACGGAUAAUGAAGAGGAAGAAGUUAAGAAUCACACGGAUAAUGAGAAAGAAAAUACUGAAGAAGAUAAAGUGUCAAGUGAUGAGCAGACUAAUUUACAUUCAGAUUUCAUCGUAGAAAACUCAUCAUCGGAAACAUCUGAAAAUGAAAAUUUUCAGAAAUGCCGCACUCGUUGGACUAACACAAUGCGCAAAGGGUUAGUUGAUAUUCUGGAACAUCCAGAGCUAGAUAACCAGAAUGGACAACCUACUCAAAUUACGGGGACACCAAACCGUGAUCCCCGACAACGAGGUUCGCGGCAAAUAAAACAGGCGCAAAACGAAGACCAUGAGGUCAAACAUAUGGGUAAAAGAACAGAAUCCAAACUAUUAACAAGUACAGACCAAGCAGAUACUUUAGGCCAAGUUUCACCGCCUCAAAGUUGUAUUACUCACUGCUCCAUUCGAUCAUCCAAUAAUAAUCUAACAGAAAACAUGAUUAGACAAUGGUUAGGAUUACAAAGAAUUUCAAACCAAAGUAGUAACUCGGAUGUAGCAGUAUUAAAUAAUGAAGGCCAAAUACCACAGAUCACAAUUUUACCACGCACUCGGCGACAACAGUGGCAAAACAAUAGUUAUGGGAACGCGUCUGAGGACCAUCAUUUACCGGCAGAAGAGUUUCUCCGAGAAAACGUGUCUUCAUCGGUAGAAACCCAACUUCGAGUGCUGAAGAAUGUGAAUCAUCCUCAGAUGGAUCAGAUGAUGCUUGGCCUUAGUAUCGCCAACCAAGAGGGUGAUAUCGCUCCCGUGACCAAAGCCUGCCAAUUGAAUAUGAUCAACGAAUGCAGUACUGGCAUAUCCAGUUUAGAAACAGGUGCUGCGUGCGAUUACGUUAAUAUCAAUCCUGACAUCGAUGGCCAUAACAACCCAGUCGAUGAAGUUGACACCCAGCAUGGUAACAUCAAUUUUCUUGAAAAGACCCAUCGUAGAAAAAAAUGCAAAGCCAGCAAACAACAGAGCAAUAAUAAUUACAAUAGUCUUGUUGAUAACAACAUCGAAAUUGCUGUCGAUUAUGAAAAUAUAAUUUCUCACAGCACUGACAAUACUUCUGAUUUUAAUUACGAAAAUAUAGAUCAAACCACUGAUAAAAAACGGCAAAAAAUAAUGAAUGAUUUUAAUGGAGGUAGUACAGCAGUUGCCGAUGCUUUGUUGGCCGUUCACCUGGCGAUAAUUGGAGAUCCUGACGAUACCGGUAGAACAACAGUAGGUACUGGCAAAUUAGCAGCCGCUUUGUGUCGUGCUGAUGGCCAGACCACCGUACUACCAUAUCGACGGAAUCUUACUGAGAGUGAACAAGCUGGACCACUUUUGAGUACAUGCCCGCUUCAACUUUUGGAUCAACCAGGACCAGCCGGACGUCGAGCUCGUCUGGAUAUCAUUGAAAGGUUUGCUUGUCUACAGUACCUGGUCGCAAUGACAGUAAUAGUGACGCCAUGUCUGCUACUAAUCGGCAGCCAUAUCAAAGAAAAAGAAAAUCUAGCAGAUGUAAAUUUUGAGUGGAGUUUAGAAGAUGAAUACGAAUACCGACGUCGACGAUUUUAUUACCGAUGUGCUGGAUUCGAUAGUUGGCGCAUGUCCGAUAACGAUUCAACUUCCGAUGAUGACGACGAGAGCUAUAAAUUAACAGCAAAUUCAGAUUUUAACUCAGGUUAUUCAUUGCCACCAAAGGAAGAAUGGGCUGUUGAAAAGCGUCACUGGUUGGAUUUACUGACUAGACAUAGAGCAGCUGUCCUGGAUAAGUGGAUUCGUACGGCAGCUGAUGCCAAACAAGCAGUGGGUGAUGUGUAUGGUUAUCGGGCUUUGAUGUCUGCAUUAUGUUCUGAUAGGAUCCAGUCAUUACAAGAUGCAUGGGCAGCUCUUCGCCGGUUGCAUACUGCAACAGCCGUGGCAUUUGAAUCCCGGCUUCGACCCGAGUUUCUGGGACGCAGAGAAAAGAAUUUAGUGACAGUGUUGGGUAAACCAGGCACCAACGACACCGAUAACAACGAUGUGAAUGAGCUAUUACAGCUUCCACCAAACGCAACAGUACCUGAUGCAACAGCAUUGGCCGUACUUUACGAACAUUUGUAUAAUGACAAUAUUUCUGAUGCUGUUAGUAUGAACACUACUGCCGCCAGCUCAAACGAUAUUGGCAGUAUGAAGGAAAAAGAUCCUAGAUUAUCGUCGUUUUUCACUUCACCAUUGUUACUAUCACCUUCACCUUGGUUAUCUCUUAACAGUGGUAUAAGUAGUGGAUUAGGAUCAUCGGUGGGGUCUGACUACGGACUGAGUGCACUUCAUAUUUUAUGUAUUCAAUACUCUGAUUGGGUGCAGCAAAGUUACGGUGAUGAUGAUUCUAUAUUACCUUUAAUAAAAUCACCAAUGUUACAACUAGACCGGUUUCGCAGUAACUUCCGUGCCCUAUUACGUCAGUAUAGUGGAAGUGACUUUUGUGAUUACGGCGAUGAUAAUGUUAAAUUUAACUAUGUACCCAGUGACAAAGAUGAAAACCUGCAGAGAAAAGAAAAUACUUCCUUCCACGAGGAAUUCAAUUAUAAUCGAAACAACGAAUUUGCAUACGAACGGCAAUAUGAAGACAAUGUGGAAAAGUAUGGUACAAGUGGUGAUAAUGAUGACUGUAUCGAUGACGAUGAUGAUGAUGAUGCUACAGUUAUAUGCUGUAACGACAGAAAUUCUCUUUCAACGAUGAGAAACGAUGCGGUUGAUACCAUGCACGGUGAUACACACGUUUCUGCUAAAACAGAAAAUCAACAACAAAAAACAACAAAAAACGAAAAAAUUUCCCCCCAUGAAAAAGAUCAAGAUGAAGACCUAUAUGAUCGCUGGAUCGAGGAUGCGAGUAUUUAUAAUCGAGGCUCCGCGCCGCUAAAUAUAGUGUUUUGCACCGAGCUUCAUGUCCGCCUAUUUUGGCCCCCUACACUUUUCCUCCAAGACAUUAAUGAUGACAAAAAUACCAUUGAUCAUAAAUCAGCAAUACCCGCCUAUGCGUUAGGUACGACCUACGUGGCGACUGCAACAGCUGCUUUUGAUAAUGAAGACAAAUCUACUAAUCAUGUGCUAUCGCCAUUGGAACUGAAUCAUAUAAUAACGGAACAACUUGACCAGGCUGCCAAGGACAUGCGUCUCAGGUAUAAAGCUAUGGACGAUUUUUUGGAUAGAGCGUGUGCCUAUUCAACUUUUGUCGCUAAAUUAGCGUACUAAAAUAAUAAAUAGUGUCAAACAACAACGGCAUUAUCCGCUAUCACAGUGUGUUUAAAAGAAGAAAUACUCCGGUAAAUAUCUAGUAUUGUAGACUUUAAGUUUGCUGAACUACGUUUGAGUAACAAAUAAUAGAUCAAAAUCAUAACACAGUCAAGCAGAUUUACAACUACAUGCCGUAUAUUAAUCCACUAGAAAAUUGCAAGUAUUAUUCAUUAUUUAUUUACUAUAAGCCAUGUACAAUAUUGUAUUAAGGUUUUGUUAUGAUCUGUGUACAAUAAUUUAUGAGGGCCCAUUUUAAGUUUCAAAAAACUAUCAAAAUUUAACAUUUUAAAGUAUUAUAAUAGACGCUAAGUAUUUGUCGUUGUACUUACUUAAGGACAUUGUAUCAUUGGCGUGCACCUGCUAUCAUAUUCAUAGGUUAGAUUAAGUUAGUUAAGUUAUAAUAUAUUAUACCUGAGUCGUAAGAAUACUCAUUAUUGGUUAUAUUCUAAUUAAACUGCCCUGUGGCUGGAGGUAGUAAAAAUGAUAGUCACGGUGGUGAGCGCGGCCGAUCGUAAGAGGCGAUCAAUGUGGGCUGCAUGUGUCAAAUAUCAUUCUGGUGGUGGCGAUUACAUGCUAAGAAGUUAAGAGCUUCUAGAUAUAAGACACAUGUAGCAAAAAAAAACCAGCUAUUCGUAAACAGUUCUUAUAAGUUAUGUUAAUUUAAGGUUAAGAAUUUAAAAUUUAAUAUUAAUGUUUAUUAUAAACACCUACUAUGCAUUUAUUUAUUUAGUUUUUAUUUUAAUUGGAGAUAAUGGACUGUUAUUAUUUAUAAUUUAUAGUUUUAAUGAUAUAGAGUUACUAGAUGAUGUUUUUUUCCAAGUUUUCGAUUUUUCUUUCGCUGUGGAUUAAAAAUUACCAAGUUUCCAAUUUUUAUAUUAAAAUUUAUUUUUAGUUAAGUUAAGUAUUAUGAUUUAAUACUUAAACUAUAAAGAAAAAUAAGUUUUUACCCAAAAUUUAUUUACAUACUCAUUCGUUUUAUAAAGUACUUUCAAUUUUGUUUUCGUUAUUAUAAAUUAUUCUAUAGCUUCUUAUACCUAUUUAAAACUAGAACUUUAAAUGUACAUAUACUUACAAGAUUACGUAAUUUAAGGAAACGAAACAAGAAGUUUCAUAACUAUUCGUGUGCGCAUUAAAAUAGAUAAAUUUUAUUACUUUAGUUUAGAAUAUUUAAAUUAAGAUAUAAGUUAAAAUUUCAGUUUAAACAACAUUUGAACAUUGAUACCAAUAUUUUGAGUAAAAGAUAUUUAAAUUCAAAAAUAAAUUACAGUUUUGUAAUUAUUGAUUACGAAUAUUUUUAAGUUUUGUUGUGCAUCACAGGGGGGGGGAAUUAAUAAUUAUUUAUAUAUAAAAAAAUUUCAAUAUAUAUAUAUAUAUUGAAAUUUUUCGUUCAAGUAAGACAACAAUAGUUUCAUUAGCAAACACCAAGCAUAGGGCACUAUAAUAUUAUAGCUUCAGGUUCUAUGCUAAACCACUGUUCGAGCCAUUUUAUAUAAAAUUAAUGGAUCUUAAAUACUAAUUUUACUAAUUGUAUAGUGAUAAUUAAUACUUAGUAUAAUAUACAAAUUUUCUUUGGAAAAUUUAAUGAAAUGGGGUGAGUUUUAUAUUAUAAUACUCGAGUCGUGGUUUUUGUUUUUUCAUUUUUAUUUUUCGGUGUACAUGCAUUUAGUGGUUACUACAACAUUUGUGUGUACACGCCCGCUCGAUAGUUUAAGUAUAAAUAUAAGUAUAAUUAUAAUUGUAUAUAAUAUAAAAUACAACAGUUCCUUGGAAAUGUUGUAAAAAUAUAAUAAAAUUGCGGAUUAUUAUUUUAGCUCGAGUCGAGGUUUUUGUUUUUUCAUUUUUAUUUUUCAGUGUACACGCAAUUAGUGGUUACUUAGAUACUACAACAUUUGUGUGUACACGCCCGCUCGAUAGUUUAAGUAUAAAUAUAAGUAUAAUUAUAAUUGUAUAUAAUAUAGAAUAGAACAGUUUCUUGGAAAUAUAAAGGUCGCAAAAAUGAUUAUUAUUAUUAAGCUCGAGUCGAGGUUUUGGUUUUUUCAUUUUUAUUUUUCAGUGUACAUGCAUUUAGUAGUUACUUAUUACUACAUUUGUGUGUACACGCCCGCUCGAUAGUUUAAGUAUAAAUAUAAGUAUAAUUAUAAUUGUAUAUAAUAUAGAAUAGAACAGUUCCUUGGAAGUUUAAACUUUAAAGGAUGAAAUGCGAAUAAUAUUUAUUAGUAUUAAGCUCGAGUCGAGGUUUUGGUUUUUUCAUUUUUAUUUUUCAGUGUACAUGCAUUUAGUGGUUACUUACUACUACAUUUGUGUGUACACGCCCGCUCGAUAGUUUAAGUAUAAAUAUAAGUAUAAUUAUAAUUGUAUAUAAUAUAUUAUAUAGUAAUCGUUGUAUUUUAUAAAAUACAAUAAUUACUCACUUGAAAACUACACAAAGGUGCUAAAAAAUUAAAUAUAUGAAUUAUUAUUAAGCUCGAGUCGAGGUUUUGAUUUUUUCAUUUUUAUUUUUCAGUGUACAUGCAUUUAGUGGUUACUUACUACUAUAUUUGUGUGUACACGCCCGCUCGAUAGUUUAAGUAUAAAUAUAAGUAGGUAUAAUUAUAAUUGUAUAUAAUAUAUUAUAUAGUAACUGUUGUAUUUUAUAAAAUACAACAGUUACUUGGAAACAUCGCUAAGGUGCUAAAAAUAUUAAUAUAUGAAAUUAUAUUAAGCUCGAGUCGAGGUUUUGGUUUUUUCAUUUUUAUUUUUCAGUGUACAUGCAUUUAGUGGUUACUUAUUACAACAUUUGUGUGUACACGCCCGCUCGAUAGUUUAAGUAUAGAUAUAAGUAUAAUCAUAGGUAAUAGUAUUUAGUCUGUAUUAUAGUACCCGCCGUUUUCUUAGAAACGUCCCAAUGAGAAUAAGAAGAACUAUUAGAGUAUAAGUACUCGAGUCGGGGAUUUUGUAUUUUCAUUUUUAUUUUUCAGUGUACAUGCACUUAGUCGUUAGUUACUAGUUCACUAUACUACAUUUGUAUGUACACGCCCACUCGAUAGUUUUAAUAUAGGCAUAAGUAUAUUAUUAAUUUACACAUUACUUUAAACAAGUUUUUAAUGUAUAAUUACUAAUUAAGUUAUUUUGCUAUGUCACCUAUUUUUAAUCUUAAGUUAAAAUUGUUGUUAAGUAUCGUAGUACCUAGAUUCUUUAGUUUAGUAUUAAUUUUAUUUAUACUUUAUUUUAUACUAAUAAAUUGGUUAAAUUGUUAAUAAUAAUACUAAUUGUAUUAUUAUUCUAUUUUAGCGGUGCCACCAAUGAUACAAUAGAUUACCUACAUCAGCCCAUUAUAUUCUCUUGUAAAAUUUCAUUUAAUACUAUUAUUAUGAUUUCGAAUAAAAAAAAAAUAAUUUUUACUUGCUUAUAGUAUUUUAUGUUACUAUGUUUAUUAUAUUUUUUAUUUACCGUUUAAAAAUGAAGCGGUUUUGGCCAUGGCUUAGAUUAAAUGAAUAGCCAAUAGAAUUUUUUUAUAUGUUUAUUUUACAUUUUUUUUUGUACAGAGCAUGUGUUUAAAUCCUUAAGUUUAGAUUGGUUUUAUUUUCUGCUUUAUUCAUAUUAGAUUUAAUAAUAAUUAAGUAUACACUAUAAAUAAUACAUUUGUAUUUAAUUAUAUUAUAUGGACAAAUCGCUCAUUCACUGUCACUGUAUUCACCCUAUUACUGACAACUAUAAUAUUCAGAUAAUUAUGAGUAUUAAAUAUUAAUAAAUACAUUUUAUUUCAAUUGACCUUCCAUGAAUAUGGUUAAGUUCUGUUAACUCGUUAUCAAUCCGUACAUCGUUUCGUAGCCAUAUUAAUUUGGUUUUUUUUAGUUCACUAAAUGCUUAUUUUGUGUAAGUACUUGGUGUUUAAAGGCUCAAAGAUAAAAGUUUUUAUGUUAUUAAUAAUAAAAUACUAAUAUCAGUUAUUUAGUAGUAAUAUUAAUAAUAGUAUUUAUAAUGUUUAUAUUCGAGUUGUUACACCGAAUAAUGUUUCAUUCACAAAAUAUUUAUAAGUUAUUUUAAAUGAUACUGAUAUUCUCUAUAUUGACUACUAACUAAUUUAUUUGAUGAGAUUCUAAAAUUACAUUGCUGAAUAUUUUCAUUUUACAUUUAAACUUUAAAAACAAUUAUUUUCAAUUAAAUUACCCAGUCAAGAUAUUAUAGAAUCUAUAUUAUGUUAUUGUAAAAAUAAUCAAGUACAAAUUAUUUAAUAGAUGCCCAGGUUACGUAUGGUAUUUUAAUUUAUUGUUUGUCUAUUUAACCUAUGUAUUUAUUGAAUAUACUGGUAUUUUUCAUUAUUAUUAGUAUAUAUAAUUGGUAAUAUCAUCAUAAUUUUGUGGAGCUCAAAUAUUGAAAAAUUUGUGUCUACAUUGUUAAAAACAUAACGCAUAAAAUUGUUAUUGUAAAAAUUGUAUAAUAUAUCACUUGUAACGUAUUAAUACUACCAAUAAAUUAAUUAACCAUACUUAACUUUGCAGUAAUUGAUUGGUAUAAUUUUUUUCAAAACAUAUUAUAUUAUGAAUUAUUAUUUCUAUGAGUCUUGUGUAUUAUCUACGAUUAAUAAUUCCGUUGUAUCGUAGCAUUAUUUUUCAUAUACAUAAAUAUAUAUAUUUUUUUUUUUUUUUUUGAUGAUUGAUGAUUUUUUUUUAUUAUUUUUAUUUUAAUUAUAUUCGUAUAUAUUCGUAUGUAAUUAUUCGUGUAAUUUUAUUUGAAUUAAUUAAUAAUAAAAUAAUACAUUAUAGUUUAA